GACAUAACCAGCCAACAGUAGGGCAGUCCCUCCGCAAACCUUUUGUUUGGUGAUUCACAGCAGAGGACACGUUCGGGGAAUGAAGGGAGGUUUUCUAAAACCGUGUUAGGGAUUAUAUUUUUUUCGAGACUUACAGUAAUUUAAAUAAGGCUUACACCAUGGCGGGGGAGAGACGAUGCUGCGGGCUUAUUUGUGUUUUAUUUUUCUUGCUGAUUUUCGGAAAACGGGCCGUGGCUGAGCUGAGGUACUCCAUUCAGGAGGAGAUGAGAGAAGGGACCAUCGUGGGAAAUGUUGCUAAGGACCUUGGUCUGGAUAAAUCCAUUUUAACCUAUAGACGGCUGCGAGUUGUUGCGGGAUCUGACGAUGCCUUUUUCGAUUUAAAUUCGGACAGRGGCGCUUUACAGGUUCGUAAAAAAAUUGACAGAGAGGAGCUUUGUCAGGGUAGUGGCGCAUGCGUGAUGGAGCUAAAAAUACUCAUUGAAAACCCGUUAGAAAUGCACCAUGUUAUUGUAGAAAUUGUUGAUGUGAAUGAUCACUCGCCCACUUUUCCUGAAACGCAUCAGCACUUUGAAAUAGCUGAGCACACAUCGGUCGGAACGCGGUUCCAGCUGCAGGCGGCCCGUGAUCCAGAUMCGGGAGUGAACACCAUUCGCACUUACACUCUGUCUUCUAAUGAUCACUUCGAAAUAGAUUUAAGCCAAAGUGAUGACGACAAAAUACCAUUUUUAGUGCUGAGAAAAGCWUUGGACAGAGAACAAAAUAAUGAACAUUUGUUAUUUUUAACUGCAGUUGAUGGAGGCAAACCUCCAAAAUCAGGAACACUGAACGUUUCUAUUAUUGUUCUGGACAGUAAUGACAACCGACCGUCCUUUAGUCAGAACAAUUAUCAAAUAGAAWUAUACGAAAAUGUCACUGUUGGCACAGUUGUGGCUAAAAUUAAUGCAGUAGACCCAGACGAAGGAGUUAAUGGAGAYAUUAUAUAUAGUCUCAGCAAAGUAUUAGCAAGUAAAGUGCAUACAAUAUUUGAGCURGACAGUUUGACAGGAGAAAUCAAAUUAAAGGGAUCUUUGGAUUUCGAAGAAUCUGACAUUUACAAACUUGAUAUUGAAGCAUCUGACAAAGGAACACCUCCGUUGUUGGGAAGAUGUAGAAUGAUAAUGAAAAUAAAAGACGUGAAUGAUAAUUCYCCACAAAUUGACGUCACAUCUUUAUCCAACACUGUAUCUGAAGACUCAAAACCAGGCACAGUGGUUUCACUCGUCAGUGUUACAGAUAAAGACUCUGGAAUGAAUGGGAAAAUUAUUUUAAGCAUAACAAAUAAUGUUCCGUUUGAAUUAAAACCGUCUUAUAAAGAAAAUAUAUAUUCCCUUGUUACAAAACAGCAUUUGGAUCGAGAAAAAGUGUCACGUUAUGAAAUCAUACUGCGAGCCACUGAUUGUGGAGACCCUCAGUUAUCUACUAUUAAAUCCAUCCAUAUUCAGAUUUCGGAUGUGAAUGACAACAGUCCUAGAUUCGAGCAAACUCCGUUACAGUUUUAUCUGUCUGAAAAUAACGUGGCAGGAGGAUCAAUUUUCUCUGUCAGCGCUUCGGACAAUGAUGUCAAUGAAAACGCAGCCAUUUCGUAUCAAAUAGCGAGGCAGAAUGACGUCACGUCAUUCCUUAACAUUAACUCAGAAAACGGACAAAUAUCAGCGCUAAAAAGCUUCGACUUUGAAACUCUGAAAACUUUCCAGUUCCAAGUUGUGGCCACAGAUUCUGGAGCUCCGUCUCUGAGCAGCAACGUGACAGUGAACGUGUUCAUUCUGGAUCAG